GUGUUGAUCCCCCGUAGAACAGUUUUUUGUUUCUUCCUUAUGGAUACUGAAGCAUUUGAGCGACAGCCACAAACGUGGAGGAACGAAGAUUCCCCCGACAACGACGAUAACAAUGGUGCACCUCUCUCUCGCCAAAAGAGCAGCGCCGGUGGUUUCGGUGAACGGACCGGCAAUGCCGUUGAUUACGACGAAGCUAUGAGCCAAUACGAAGAAAUGCGUCGCGAACUUACCAAGCAAUCCACUAUCAAUGCCCAAGGCGGCGGUGGCGAUGUCGAAAAGGGUGGCGCUGAACGAUUUGAUCUCACCGACUAUCUUUCUGGUAUCGACAGGCGCCAAAACGCAGAAUCCUUCCAGCCCAAGCAUCUUGGUCUGGUAGUUAAAAAUUUAACAGUAAAAGGUCUUGGUGCCGACGCUGAAUGGAUCCCUACACUCGCCACUGUGGCCGAGAAGACCUUCAAAUUUUGGGAGUGGGGUCGCAAGAUGGGUCACGACCGUACCAUUUUGAACGACAUCAACCUCUACUGUAAACCCGGUCAGAUGGUCCUCGUUCUUGGUCGUCCCGGCGCCGGUUGUACCACACUUUUGCGUGUCAUGGCCGAUAUGCGCAAGGGUUUCACGGCUGUAGAAGGUGAUGUCAAAUACGGUGGUAUCGAAGCUACCGAAUUUGGCAAGGUCUACAAGGGUGAAGUCUGCUACAAUCAAGAAGAAGAUAUCAACUACCCUACAUUAACUGCUAAGCAAACCUUGUCAUUUGCUCUGCGUUUGAAGACUCCCGGCAAACGUCUCGAAGGCGAAAGCGGCAAGAACUUCAUGGGUAACAUGAUUUAUAUGCUCGGUAACAUGCUUGGUCUCACCAAGCAAAUGGAUACCAUGGUUGGUAACGAGUUCGUCCGUGGUCUUUCCGGUGGUGAACGUAAGCGUCUUACUAUUGCCGAACAAAUGACUACUGGCUCCUGUAUCAACUGUUGGGAUUGCUCUACCCGUGGUCUCGAUGCUGCCUCUGCCCUUGAUUACAUUCGUUCUCUCCGUAUUAUGACCGAUAUUCUCAAGAAGACUACCGUUGCCACCUUGUACCAGGCUUCCGACAACAUCUUUAACCUUUUCGAUAACACCAUGGUCCUGUACGAAGGUCACUGCAUUUACUUUGGUCCCGUUCUUCAGGCCAAGCCUUACUUUGAGUCUCUUGGUUUCUUCUGCCCCUCUCGCAAGAGUACUCCCGAUUUCUUAACUGGUAUCUCUAACAUGCAAGAACGUGAGUACCGACCUGGCUUCGAGGACAAGGUCCCUGUCACCCCCGCCGAAUUCGAAACUGCCUACAAGAACUCUGAAAUCUACAAGCAAAUGAUGGCUGGCAUGGCCGAAUAUGAAAACGAAGUCCAACAGAGUCGCCCUGAUGUAGCUUUCCGUCAAGCCGUCGAAGAAGCUCACUCCAAGCGUGCUGGCAAGAGAUCUCCAUUCACUGCCAGUGCUUACCAGCAAAUUAAGGCCCUUACCAUCCGUCAAUUCCAACUUAUUUAUGGUGAUAAGGGUGCUCUCGUCUCCCGUUUCGGUGGUGUCGUCGUCAAGGGUAUCAUCAUGGCCUCCGUCUUUUUCAAGAUGCCUCACGCUGCUUCCGGUCUUUUCUCUCGCGGUGGUUUCUUGUUCUUCAGUUUGACUUUCAACUCGCUUAUCUCUCAAUCCGAACUCGCUACCUUUAUGCAAGGCCGUGGUGUGCUUGAAAAGCACAAGUCAUUCUCCUUGUAUCGCCCUGCUUUCUUCUACAUUGCCCAGGUUGCUGCUGAUAUUCCUCUGGCAUUCAUCCAGGUCAUCAUCUUCCAGCUUUGCGUCUACUUUAUUGCUGGUUUGGAUACCACUGCUGGUCAGUACUUCACCUACUUGAUCAACUUGGUCUUCAUCAACUUGUGUAUGAACGGCUUCUUCCGUAUGUUUGGUUCUUUCUCGCCCAACUUUUUCCUUGCAUCUCAAGCCUCAAGUACCAUUUUGAUUGCUAUGCUUAUCUACUCCGGCUAUUUGAUCGGUUACAACCACAUGCAUCCCUGGCUUAUGUGGAUCUACUGGAUCAACCCUAUGGCUUACUCUUUCAAGGCUAUCAUCUCCAACGAAGUCCACGGCAACUACUUCCCUUGCGAAGGAGAAGGCAACUAUGUCCCCGUUGGUCCUUCCUACACUGAUAUCGCCUACAGAGCAUGCAGUGUUGUUGGCGCCGAACCUGGUGCCGCAGCUGUCUAUGGUGACGAUUACCUCAAGGCAAAGUUCGGUUACAAUACCUGGGAACGCUGGAUUGAUUUUGUCGCUGUCGUCCUGUUCUUCUUCCUGUUCACUGUUGUCACUGCCCUUUCCAUGGAAUACUUGAGCGUUGGCAGCGGCGGUGGCUCACAGAUCAAGGUCUACAAGCGUAACCGUGCUCCAACUGAAGAUGCUGCUGCACUCGCUGAAAAGCGUGCCAACCGUCCCCAAGACAAGUUGGAAGCCGUUUCCGAUGGUACCACUUUCUCCUGGCAACACAUUGAUUACACUGUCCCUGUUAAGGGUGGUCACCGUCAGCUCCUCAACGAUGUUGGUGGUAUUGUUCGACCCGGUCACUUGACUGCUCUUAUGGGUUCCUCUGGUGCCGGUAAAACCACUUUGCUUGAUGUCCUUUCUCAGCGUAAGACCAUUGGUAAAAUUGAAGGCCGUAUGUACAUGAACAGCGAAAAGCUUUUCAGUGACUUUGAACGUAUCACCGGUUACUGUGAGCAGAUGGAUGUCCACAACCCCAACGCCACUGUUCGUGAAGCCUUGAAGUUCUCUGCUUACUUGCGUCAACCUGCAAGUGUGUCCAAGCAAGAGAAAGAUGCCUAUGUUGAACAAAUUAUCGAACUGCUUGAAAUGGAGAACAUCGGCGACGCUCUUAUCGGUACUGCCAGCAGCAACAAGGGUAUUUCCGUUGAAGAACGCAAGCGUCUUACCAUUGGUGUUGAACUGGUCGCCAAGCCCAAGUUGCUCUUCUUGGAUGAACCUACCUCCGGUCUUGAUGCUCAAUCCUCGUUUAACAUCAUUCGUUUCAUUCGUAAGCUUGCCGAUGCUGGUUGGCCCGUAUUGUGCACCAUUCACCAGCCUUCUGCCACCCUCUUCAGCUACUUUGAUCACAUCUUGCUUUUGGUCCGUGGUGGCCGCACUGCUUACCAUGGUGAAAUCGGUGAAGACUCCAAGGCUAUGAUUCACUACUUUGAAUCCAACGGUGCCUCCAAGUGCUCGCCAAGCGCCAACCCUGCUGAAUACAUUCUGGAAGUCGUCGGUGCUGGUACUGCUGGUGUUGCUCAAGCUGACUGGGCUGAAAUCUGGGCCAACUCACAAAAUGCCAAGGACUUGCAAGAAGAACUCGAAACCAUUCACAAUGAAGUCGAUCAGAACUUGAACAGAAAGCCAUCAAACUACUCGUUGAACUUCUUCCAACAGUGCAUGCUUGUCUACAAGCGUAUGAACGUCUCUUACUGGCGCUCUCCUUCGUACAACGUCGGCCGUCUUAUCAAGGUCUGCUUCGUCGCUCUCUUGUCCGGUUUCUCCUUCUGGAAGCUCGGUGAUGCUGGUUACGAUAUGGAAAACCGUCUGUUCUGUAUCUUCUGUACUCUUAUCAUGGCCAACUCCCUUAUUGUCUUGGUUCAGCCUCGCUUUAUGGAAGAGAGACAAUGGUUCAGACGUGAGCAUGCUAGUAAAUAUUACGGUUGGAUGCCGUUUGCUUUGUCCUGCGUUGCUGUCGAAAUGCCGUACAUUUGGAUCUUUGAUGCCCUCUUCAUGUUCUGUUUCUAUUGGACUGCCGGUCUUCAAAACACUUCCGACCGCGUUGGCUACUUCUUCUUGCUUUUCGGUACUUUCUUGGGCUUUUCCAUCUCAUUCGGUCUCUUGAUUGCUGCCUUCUCUACUACACCUACCAUGGCUGCCGUCAUCAACCCCUUCUUCUCUUCGAUUCUUAUUCUCUUCGCCGGUAUCAUGCAAGCACCCGAUGCCAUGCCCUACUUCUGGCGCUCUUGGAUGUACUGGUUGGAUCCUUACCACUAUUUGAUCGAAGGUUUCGUUGUCAACGAAUUGGAUGGCUUCAAGGUUAACUGUCGUGAUGAAGAUCUUUUGUCAUACCGUCCUCCACCUGGCCAAAACUGCGAGGAAUACAGCAGAGAAUUCUUUGAACUCGGUGGCCCUGGUUACAUCCGUGAAGAAUCGUUGAACAGCACCGAACUUUGCGAGUACUGCCCUUACAACUAUGGUGAUGAUUUCUACAGCAGGCUUGGUUGGACUUUUGACAACCGUUACCGUGAUUGGGGUGUUUUGCUUGCCUUCUGGGUAUUCAACACCUUUGCUUUCAUGUUCUUCGUUUGGCUCUUCCGUAAGCCCAGACGUUAAAUUACCUUCAUCUCAUUCUUCCUUUUCUCUCACCUCUUCAACAAACGCAUCACGAAUCAAUCCCCCUACCACUUUUUUAUAUUUCCGUCUACAUUUUCCUCAAACCGUCAUUCAUGGUUCAUUAUCAACCAUUCGAUAAGAUGUACACUUUUAGUUCUCUUUCUUUUUAAUUUAGAUAUCAUCAUCGCAUGUAAAUUAUCACGCACAUAAAAUAUAAUAAAAAAGCACUCAUAUGUUGCAAAAUAAUAAUAAGUCUGUAAAGUUGUCCUCGUCCCAGUCAAAUAAGAAACAAAGUAGAACUUUGAGAGA